UGCCGUAAGCUCUGGAUCCUCGGCAAGGCCCUGUAACAACAAUCCUCGGCCUGCGCGACAAGUGUCCCCUGUCGGGAGAGUUUCAUGCCAGUCCACCCUGGCCUCUGGGGCCAUGGCUGGUUUGGAUGACUACAACUUCUACAUGGCGGCGCGCGGCGAGGACUCGCCCUUCUGGGAGCGCCGGCACGCGCCCAAGCGUCGGACGCCGCCGCCGCGGCCGGUCUCGCUGCCGCUGCCGGAGCGUGCCGCGGACGCUGCCACCAGCCAGUACCUGGUGGUGGCGGCCAACGCGGCGGGCCUGCUCACCGAGCACGUGCUGACGCACCCGUUCAUGGUGCUGCGCCGCCAGUGCCAGGUGAACGCGGCGGCGCGCCGCUACCACCUGUCGCCGGUGACGCUGGCGCCAGUGUUGUACAACCUGCACCGGCGCCAGGGCCUGAGCGUGCUCUGGAAGGGCCUGGGCAGCGCCGUGAUUGUCAAGGGCCUGCGGCUGGCCGCCGAGGACCUGGUGAGUAAGGUGGUGCCGUGGCCGCGUGAGCUGGCGCGCGGCAGCUCGCCGCGCCAGGCCGGCCGCCACCUGCUGCUGAAGACAGCCGCGCUGUGCGCUGCCUCUCCGUUCGCCGCCGCCAGCCUGGCCGAGUCGGUGCAGUCAGAGGUGGCCAGCGAGCGGCCGGGCGUACUGGACGUGCUGACGGAGGGCGCGUGCCGCGCCGUGGCCGGUCUCACGCCGCAUGGGGCGGGCCGCCUGCUGCCCGUCUGGACGCUGGCGCUGCCCGCGGCCGUGUUCGGCCUGCUUCACUACGUGCUCUCGUCGGCUGGUGCGGAGCUUGCGCUCAUCGCGAUGCGCGUGUGGCGCGAGCGCGCCGAGCAGCGGCGCGGCGCCGUGCCGCGCGCGCGCCACCCGCUGGACACGUGCCAUCGCCAGCUGGCGGCGGCCGCGCUCGGCCGCUACGUGGCAGAUCUAGCGCUCUAUCCGCUGGAGACGGUGCUGUACCGGCUGCAGCUGCAGGGCACGCGCUCCAUCAUCGACAACCUGGAUACGGGCUGCGCCGUGCUGCCCGUGAGCACGCGGUACGAGGGCGCGCUCGACUGCUUCCGCACGGUGGUUCGCGACGAGGGUGUGACGGGCCUUUACCGCGGCGCCGGCGCGCUGGUGGCGCAAGCGGCGGUACACGCGGCCGCCCUCCACGGCGCCCGCUGGCUGCUCGGC